AUGGCGAUUAAUUGCGGAUUUUAUAAUCUCUUGCCGCCUCACGCUGCCGUCAUACCGCCGGCGCUAAGGUCCUUCAUCGCAGCCUUGCCGGCGGCCGAAGGCCCUCAGAUCUCAGCCGAUUUCGUCCUGUCGAUGUGCCUGCAAAAUCCUCUGCCGCCUCAAAUUCCUUGUCCGUUGAUUAAACCAGAAAGGCCGAAAAAGAAGAGGAAGGCUCCUGACCGCGAUGACGUCAGCGCCGCCGCCCGUCAGCCGCGGCGGUUGGACUACUUCCAGUUCCGGCAUCUUAUGAAGGCUCGUGAGGCCGCGGCCAACGGCAACAGAUCGUCUUCGUCGGGGUCGGCGUCGGCGUCUUCGGUGUCUUCCGGCGGUCGUUCUAAUUCGAGUUCCGCGUGA